GAGGUCCUCCUGUUCUUUUCAGCCUUGUGGGCUCCCUCUCGUAACAGCCGUCCUCAGCAGUCCCCUCUUGCAACAGUAAACAGCAUACUUCCAUUUUGUUUCCAUUUUGGAUUCCCGAUAUUUCGACGACACUCGACCUGCUGAAUACAUUGGAACUUACCAGGAACUGUGAUGUCUGUUCGUUCCUACCAAACACUUCUAGCGUUAUGGCUCGAAGGGGUACCAGAUUCGAAAAACGGAGAGGAACGGCGUUUGCUAUCUUCUCCGGCCUUGGAGCCGUGCCAGAUGAAGGAGCAACUCCUCGGAAACACUGACGAUUCGCCGCGGUGCAAGACCGAGCGAAGGCUCGACGACCAUACGGAGAACGAUGAGGACAAUGCAAUGCAUGCCAAAUCCAGCUGGCUGAUUGCGUGUGCCAUCGGGGUAGUCUGGUGCUGCACGAUGCUCCCAGUAACGAGUUAUCGCUCCGACCGAGACCCGCAGGCCAGUGAAUCCAGCAUCAUUAACCAGAUACAGCACCCGACCGCACCGAUAUUUGCCUUGAGUUGCACGAUAUACGGAUACGCGCUGAUCGGCCUAUACCAGCACACUCGCAGAAGUGUGUUUCGAGCACCAUUGCUGAUUAUCAGCAUACUCGCAGCGCUGGGUCUCUGCGCUGUGCAGCGAUGGCAUGUUACUAUACGGCCAAAUAUAGCUGUGCCUGUAGCCGUUGUGGUAGCAAUGGUGCUGUCACGGAUUGCUGAGGGCAUUCGACAGACGUGGAUGGCGUCAAGCCGACACUGAAGAAGUGUGCACUACUUUGACAAUGGAACGCGCAUUCGGAGGUCCUGAGAAACAGUCCGGCUACCGUAGAAGCGCUCUAUCGAGAUGCUGUCGGAUUUUCAGAGCGAUUUGGAUGAAGCGGAUUAUGGUUGUGGUGCUGGGUGUGAGAGCUCCAUUGCUCUUUCCUUCUAUACGAAAAACCAUAGCUUUCAUUUGCAGGCCUUAUCAUUAAAGGCUGGUAGAUGCUAGUUUUUUCUUUUGUACACAAACACUGGCUUUCACUUGCGGUACCUCAUCGGGGGC